GGUUUUGAUGCCGUGAACCUGGAACUAUGCCCGCAGCCACUGUGGAUCAUAGUCAAAGAAUAUGUGAGGUUUGGGCCAGCAACCUGGAUGAGGAGAUGAAGAGGAUCCGACAGGUGGCCCGAAAAUUCAACUACAUUGCAAUGAAUUGCAUUUAUUUAGAUGCAGAGACUACCACAUCAAAUGGGAGACUUUUCAGAAGCGCUCUACAACAACAACUCAGUGCCAGGCGCUAGUCAAAUGAGCACGAAAUAAAAGGUACAGGUGACGAGAGAGCUUCUGUGAAAUGCAGUGGUUUUCAGAACUGACUCCCUCAUCUAACACCCGAUUCAACUCGUCAGCUCAUUAGUAAAGACUUGAAGACCUGAAGUGGGACAGAAAAGGACACAGAGUUCCCAGGUGUAGUUGCAAGACCAAUCGGUGAAUUUAGAAGCAAUGCUGAUUACCAGUACCAGCUGUUGCGGUGUAAUGUUGACUUGUUAAAGAUCAUCCAGCUUGGCCUUACAUUUAUGAACGAACAGGGGGAAUACCCUCCAGGGACAUCAACAUGGCAGUUCAACUUCAAAUUUAACCUCACGUGUGUCCAUAGCCAUCAUGUGAUUCUUUAUGAAAGCUGGACAUUACACCAACGGUACUGUCUUUUGCAGGGAAGACAUGUAUGCACAGGAUUCCAUCGAGUUGCUCACCUCGUCAGGUAUCCAGUUCAAGAAGCAUGAGGACGAGGGUAUUGAGACACUGUACUUUGCUGAGCUGCUUAUGACCUCAGGUGUGGUGCUUUGUGAGGGGGUCAAGUGGCUCUCAUUUCAUAGUGGCUAUGACUUUGGGUACUUGAUUAAAAUUUUGUCCAAUUCGAAAUUGCCAGAGGAAGAGGUUGACUUCUUUGAGAUUCUUCGUUUAUUUUUUCCCGUCAUUUACGAUGUGAAGUACCUCAUGAAGAGCUGUAAGAACUUGAAGGGUGGUCUGCAGGAGGUGGCAGAGCAGCUUGAGCUGGAGAGAAUUGGACCUCAGCAUCAGGCAGGCUCUGAUUCACUCCUCACAGGAAUGGCUUUUUUCAAGAUGAGAGAGAUGUUUUUUGAGGAUCACAUUGAUGAUGCAAAGUAUUGUGGUCACUUGUAUGGACUGGGUUCAGGCUCAUCCUAUGUCCAGAACGGCACCGGAAAUGCUUACGAAGAGGAGGCAAACAAGCAGCAGUCAUGACACAACAAGAAUCCCUCACCAUAAAGAACCUCAUAUAUAUAGGGCUCAAACCAUGGGUUUUUAGUUAUUUUGUUUUUCAUGAAAGAUUAGAUAGGAUUUUGCACUUUAAAGCUCUCAUCCGACAGAACUUCUUGCCUUUGUUGCCUUCUCUGGGUUAAAUCUUUCACACAAUGUUCAUCUUUUAUGGUUAAAGAAGAGGAACUAUUUGGUGUUUUAGUUUUCUUCCCACAGCUCAGCCUUAAUAUUAAGAUAACUUUUUAUGUUCUUUUUUUAUCGUUAAUUUAUUGCAUUCAUUUCUUCUCGUGUGCGGUUGCAUAGUUCGACUAAUUUGGCGAAACCGAGCACACCAGUCACCUACGUGAACUAUCAUUCCCUGAUCACAGGAGUACUGAUUUCUCACUCUUUGCAAUAGCUGUAGACAGAUGGAGGAUCUCACAGACUCACAGGUAAAUACAGGCACUUAACUGCAGAGCAAAGCCUCACACUGAUUUUACCCUUUACUUUGGGUUAGCACAGAUUUUACCACACAAGUAAAUUAAGAGUGAUGAUGUAACUGCCACUAUUUAAGUGAACUGAGGUCACCUCGUACUUCUGGAUCAGGAUCGUCUUUCCAUUUUCAUUUUUAAAAGAGAUUUAAAGGUUUUGUAGUAUUUUAGUAUCAAAGAAGUUCAAAGCCUUUUAUUCAUUUAAGAAAUAAUGCCUCUUAAAAGAAAUCUUAGUCAACUCAAGUGCUCAGUAUCAGUGGAAUAAGUUUUACGUGUAGUGCUGGUUUUUGAAUGGUGCACAUUUUGUGCUGUUUGGGUUUUUCCUCCAUUUGUAUUGUAUUGUAUUGCUUUACAAUUCUGUGUUGCCUAGAUCUGCUGCAUGUACUGAAACAUUUUUGAAUAAAUGCUGUGUUAACUACUCUGA